GACAAAGACAAAGCAAAGCGUUAUGAUAGGCCCGCGCCAACGUGCGUCCCCGCCCUGCCGCUAUCGCGGCUCAUCGGGCGCGGGCCCCCACGCCAAAAAAAGACCGAAAGAGCCGCGACAAGGCGCGCCAGCGGCGAACCAAACAGGGGUGCACGUGUAUGCCCAUCGCUUACCCAUCCUCCCCUCCCGCCGCCGUGGUCGCCGUUUCUGA